GGAGGAGACUGCAUGCGCGGUGUGAUCCCGGCCGGACACGUCCCUUCCCCGAGCAGCAGGGUCCCCACACGGCGGGCCCGCCACAGCACCCAGGAUGCCCAGCAGGACCAGCCGCUAUGCCCGGUACAGCCCCCGGCAGCGGCGCAGGCGGCUGCUGGCCGACCGCAGCGUGCGCUUCCCUAACGACGUCCUGUUCUUGGACCACAUCCGCCAAGGGGACCUGGAGCAGGUGGGGCGCUUCAUCCGGGCUCGGAAGGUCGCCCUGGACACCAUCCACCCCUCAGGCCUGGCCGCCCUGCACGAGGCUGUGCUCUCCGGGAACCUGGAGUGUGUGAAGCUGCUGGUCAAGUACGGGGCUGACAUCCACCAGCGGGACGAGACCGGCUGGACGCCUCUGCACAUCGCGUGCAGCGACGGAUACCCGGACAUAGCCAGGUACCUCAUCUCGCUGGGGGCAGACAGAGACGCUGCCAACGACGACGGAGACCUGCCGUCGGACCUCAUCGACCCGGACUUCAAGGACCUGGUGGAGCUCUUCAAGGGGACCACGAUGGACUGAGCACCUCCCGCCC